AUGUCCGUGGGGGCUGAUACACCAUCAAGGGCACCCAAUAAGAGUACAGUACUGGACGGUGAGAGUGUCCUCGUUGUCUGUCGUACAGUGGCCCGCCGGAGACGGAAGGAGGGCCGCCCCCGACGCCAGAGGACGACGUUCAGUUCGGAGCAGACCCUCCGGCUGGAGCUGGAGUACGCGCGCUCCGAGUACGUCUCCAGGGGCCGCCGCUUCGAGCUGGCCGAGGCGCUCGCGCUGUCCGAGACGCAGGUCAAGAUCUGGUUCCAGAACCGGCGCGCCAAGGACAAGCGCAUCGAGAAGGCGCAGCUCGACCAGCACUACAGGUGUGUGGCUCACCCUCCAGCAGUUCAGCUCCUCACUAACCCUCCACUCCAUUCCAUUCCCAACGUUGGCAUUGUCUGA